AUGACAAAUAUUGUUACAACGGAAAGCGGUGAAAAAUUCACCCUGUUCUUCACUAUACGUAGUCCAUUUUCCAACUUCCAUCCCUGUCGUUUCGCAGUAUUUGAAGAUGUCGGCAGUGGGAAACCGGAAGAAAGAUGGUAUUAUUCCACCGAACAGUACUACAUGUAUCAUAAAGCGCUUUCUGCUGGUGACAAUGAAACAGCGGAGCAAAUAGCGAACGAACGUGAUGCACGGAAAAUCAAAAUGUUUUCACGUAACAUCAAGAAUUUUGAACGCGAAGCAUGGAACAAAAUAAGUAGCGAUGUGAUGAGAAGAGGAAAUUUUGCUAAAUAUACGCAAAAUCCGUUGUUACGGAAGAAGCUUUUUUACACAUACGGCAGUACGCUAGUGGAAUGUUCACCUACAGACCUUGAAUGGGGCAUCGGUUUAGACAUCAAUGAGCCGGAUGCACUGAGUCCAUCUAAAUGGCGAGGGAAAAAUAAACUCGGUCAAAUUUUGACUGAAAUCCGUGAAGAGCUUUUAUUAAAGCCAGAAUAUGCGCAAGAGGUAAGUGAUAUCUUAUCAAUGUUGGAGAAUUUCGACAGCUUCAGCCGGCAGUUUUUCCUUCCUCCAAAACCUCCCGUUCAACAGUGUAGCUGUCCUUCAUCUGGUGAAUAUGAUAGAGAUUACGAUAAAAGACGAAGUUUACCGUCUCCUGCGGAAGUUGAUCGAACAACUGAUGGAAAUCGUGAUAAGCGUUACAGUUUACCGUCAUAUCCAUGUGCAGAACGAUCCGAAAACAUUCCUGAUUCUGGUUCGCGAAAUGUUUCUGUUACAAAAAUAGAAAAUGGCAGUCCUAUAAUACAUCGAGAAGGAUAUCCUCGGCUAGCACGAUCAACUAGAAAACGUAGUUAUCAUCGUUUGCCAAACUACGACCAAGAUUUUAGGCGGCACAGCGAUGAUUCACGGGAUCGCAAAAAGAACGGUUCUCGAUCAGAAAAGAGAAGAGAUGCUUCAAGCAGUAGUAGAUCCCGUUAUGGCACGCAGUCACGCUCUGGCAAGAAUCACAGUAGUUCUGAAAGCGAUCAUGAAUCUAACAGAUUUUUGAAAAGACAGCGGAGAAUUGGGUUAGCUGUUGAUAGCAGUCGCUUGGCUUCAUAUCGACGUCAUCAUAAUUGCGAUGUAAGCUCAUCUAGUAGUGACGAAAGUUCAAGUUCGUCGAGUGAAAUUGAUGUUGAAGUGGUAAAAAAAGCGUUUGAGGAUCCUUUCAAAAGUUUGUUGGAAAGGCUUCGCAAUAAGAAAUGCGGCAUGUGGGAGCAAUAUACUGCAGAAAGUAGUCACGACACUAAUGGAGCAAUCCCAAGUGAUGAUUAA